AGAAAAGAGAGCCAGUCAACUUGAACUGAGUACCGCGAGCGGCCGUCGAGCGCACACAGCAUUCCCGUUGCCAGCCAGCUUUAACAUUUCUGACAAGAAGAAGACCGCGACGUUUUUGUGAAUUGUGUGUCUAGAUUUUUAGGAGGGCCAUAAUACGGUCUUGAAACGUAACUUACUUCUCACUGACAAUCUCAAGAUGUCGAUAUUGCCCUUCACUCCUCCGAUUGUAAAGAGGCUUCUGGGCUGGAAGAAGGGGGAGCAGAAUGGACAAGAGGAGAAAUGGUGUGAAAAGGCUGUCAAAAGUCUGGUGAAAAAGUUGAAAAAGACGGGACAACUGGACGAGUUGGAAAAAGCCAUUACAACGCAGAAUAUAAACACGAAAUGCAUAACUAUUCCGAGGUCUCUGGACGGGCGCCUGCAGGUGUCCCACAGGAAAGGCCUUCCUCACGUCAUCUACUGUCGCCUGUGGCGCUGGCCGGACCUGCAGUCCCACCACGAGCUGAGGGCCAUCGACCUCUGUGAGUUUGCAUUCCACACCAAGAAGGAUGAGGUGUGUGUCAACCCAUACCACUACCAGCGCGUGGAGACACCAAUCCUGCCUCCUGUCCUGGUACCGCGCUACUCUGACGUCCCCACAGAGUUCCCUCCUCUGGACGACUACAGCCACUCCAUCCCUGAGAACACCAACUUCCCUGCUGGGAUCGAGCCCCAGAGCCACUACAUACCGGAAACCCCUCCUCCAGGGUAUCUGAGUGAGGAUGGAGAGACCAGUGACCACCUGCUCAACCACAGCAUGGACACAGGUUCACCCAGUCUGUCGCCCAAUCCUGUUUCGCCAACUCACAACAGUCUCGACCUUCAGCCGGUGACGUACUGCGAGUCGGCCUUCUGGUGCUCCAUCUCCUACUACGAGCUGAACCAGCGCGUGGGCGAGACCUUCCACGCCUCGCAGCCCUCGCUGACCGUGGACGGCUUCACCGACCCGUCCAACUCGGAGCGCUUCUGCCUGGGCCUGCUGUCCAACGUCAACCGUAACGCGGCUGUGGAGCUCACGCGCAGACACAUCGGUCGGGGGGUGAGGUUGUACUACAUCGGCGGGGAGGUGUUUGCCGAGUGUCUCAGCGACAAUGCCAUCUUUGUCCAGAGUCCCAACUGCAACCAGCGCUACGGCUGGCAUCCUGCCACCGUCUGCAAGAUCCCCCCUGGUUGUAAUCUGAAGAUCUUCAACAACCAGGAGUUUGCUGCCCUGCUGGCCCAGUCAGUGAACCAGGGCUUUGAAGCCGUCUACCAGCUGACCCGCAUGUGCACCAUCCGCAUGAGCUUCGUCAAGGGCUGGGGAGCCGAGUACAGGCGUCAGACGGUGACCAGCACCCCCUGCUGGAUAGAGCUGCAUCUCAACGGGCCCCUGCAGUGGCUGGACAAGGUGCUCACUCAGAUGGGCUCCCCCAGCAUCCGCUGUUCCAGCGUGUCUUAGGACCAGCUCACCCUAGCGCCUCACACUCAACCUCACCCUCGCGCCUCACACUCACCCUCACCCUAGCGCCUCACACUCAACCUCACCCUCGCGCCUCACGCUCACCCUCACCCUAGCGCCUCACACUCAACCUCACCCUCGCGCCCCACACUCACCCUCGCGCCUCACACACCCUCACCCUAGCGCCUCACACUCAACCUCACCCUCGCGCCCCACACUCACCCUCGCGCCUCACACUCAACCUCACCCUCGCGCCCCACACUCAACCUCACCCUCGCGCCCCACACUCACCCUCACCCUAGCGCCUCACACUCACCCUCGCGCCCCACACUCACCCUCGCGCCCCACACUCACCCUCGCGCCCCACACUCACCCUCGCGCCCCACACUCACCCUCGCGCCCCACACUCACCCUCACCCUAGCGCCUCACCCUAGCGCCCCACACUCACAGCAGACAAGAGUCAGGAUAGGUGUAGAUUAACAAGUCAGUAUUCAGAUGCAGAAGACUGCAUUCAGGUGCAUUAUUUCCUAUUAGUACCAUCAAUCCUACUAUCUGUUAACAGACUCCUACCAUUACACCACACACUCACUGUCAAAAGCACUUUCUUCACAAGAGUAGCAUUUAGCGUGUCCAUUUGAUGGUUGUCUAGAUUUGUACGUUGUGUAAUUUUGUUCUGAACAGUCAGACAUAGCAUGUUAGCCAUAGUUCUAAGAGAAGUAACAGACACAUGUCUUGUUUUUCAAUGCAUGAUUUUAUAAUCAUGUCUUUCAAUUGUGGUUCUUUUUUAUCAUAUCUGAUAAAGGAAAAUAUUACAACUUUUUUUUGUUACGUAAAGAAAAGUAAUUGUAUGAUUUUUGUAACUAUUCUUUCAUGUUGGGUUCAGAGACAACAGCCGAAAGGGUUAUGAGCAGAUGGUUUCAUGCGUAUUUGGAAUGUCUAAAGUUAAUGUGUUCUCAAGAUUAGUAGAUGGAUAUAGAAUAUCUUUGUAUAAGGACAAAUUUAAAAACUUGUGGGCUAUACAUUUAGUGUUAAUAGUUUUCUAAGUACUGAGUACUUUCCCCUCAUAUCUCAAUAACGAUAUAAACAAACUGCCCGGUCAGUCACUGAAUUUGUAUUUAAACUAUAUUGUUGAUAGAGAGAAUCCUAAUGUGAAGUGUAAUUUGCUCAGUGAAAAGAGACAUUUUGUCAAUUAUUUUGCAAACAAAAUAUAUUUUUACUGUUUCCCCAUUGAGGUUGAACAAACCUAUUUAUAGGGUAAUGAAAGAUGGCUUGUAUUAGAAACACUUGAGCCAAGGAGUCGGAUCCGCUGCCACAGGGAUUUAUCUCACAACAGUAUACCUGCCAGACAGACGCAUGACUUUUUAAAAUUGAGAUUUUAACACAUUUGCCACAAAGAACAGACUAUUUUCAAUAAAUUGCGCCAAAGUUGGCAGCUGUAGAUAUAUUUUUGAACUAAGAGGAAUUUGGCUACAUUAAUCUGAGUCAAGCUCUGUUUUAUUUUUACUAGAAUUUAGGAUCUAUUUGAGAGUAUUUUUUAUUAGUCAUGCAAAACCCCAAUGUGUCUGAAAAAAAAUCUAUAAAUCCUGUAUGUAAAAAAAAAAAAAGAAGAAAAUUGGUAUAGUAUAAACCAGCGCUUGAUUGGUUAUGUUUUGUCUGCCAAAUCACCACAUUACUGUACUCAUUGAUUAAAAGGAGACUGGUGAGUUAUGUAAUAUAUUUUAGUAGUUAUGGUGCUUAACUGAAAUACUGCAUAAAAGUAGUUUGUCUCUCCAAAAGGAGAUGUUUUGUAAAGAAUAUGUAUGAAAUAAUGUGUUGUCAAGUAUCAGUACUUAUUUUCCUUUGUACUCUUAAAUUGCUUCGUUUUAUUAUAAAUGUUACUUUCCUUGUUAUUUACUUAAUGUUUAGUUGAAUCUGUUUUGUUAUCCAUGACCAUUUCAUUAAAUGUUCUUUAAUAAAGUAAAUAAUGUAAUGUUC